ACUGAAGAAGCCAUCGUAAUUCCAAGCCUUAGCAUCAUGAAUGGUUUUGAAAACGUGGAGCUGAAUUUACUAUCUCUAGCCAUGAUGCUAUAUAGAAGAGCUUGUAAGAAUUACAAAGAAAGCAAUUUUUGUUGAGGGUAUUAAACCAAAACAAAAGAAUCUCUUCACACAGGGACUUGAACAACGGAAGAGAAACUCCCUCCCUCUUCUUCAAAGUCUAAGUCCUCCAGGAAUCUAAAGCUUUCAUCCUCAACAACCUGAUGUACUAUGAAAAAAACUUUAUGGGAAUGUUAAUUGAAUAUAGAGGGGCCUACCAGGAAAGCAAUUCUACCAUAAGGAUCACCGGAGCUACUACUGUGAAGGAAGUAAAGCUGCAUGAAUUAAACUAGAAACUUCUCUCAAGUCAACUUGUUUUCCAAAAAGUGAAUUCUCGCUGGAUUUCAGCAAGCACAAUAGGUUCUCUCACAUCUUUAAAUAAGGUUGCUGAAAACCAAACACUGACCUGUGUACAAACCUCACUGCAACCUGACCAUGAUCAACAUAACUUGGAACUUCAUCCUAAUUUGGACAAAGAUAGGGCUGCUGCUCAAAAUGGCACCUCUGUCUGUCAGUGCCAAGUCCUGCCCUUUGGUCUGCCGCUGUGAUGCAGGUUUCAUUUACUGCAACGAUCGUGACUUGACAUCGAUUCCUGCUGGGAUUCCAGAGGAUGCUACAACCCUUUACCUUCAGAACAAUCAAAUUAACAAUGCUGGAAUUCCUUCCGACUUAAAAACCUUGAUCAAAGUGGAGAGAAUUUAUUUAUACCACAACAGUUUGGAUGAAUUCCCUACCAACCUCCCAAAGUACAUCAAGGAACUACAUUUACAGGAAAAUAACAUAAGGACAAUUACUUAUGAUUCACUUUCACAGAUUCCUUAUCUAGAAGAACUGCAUUUGGAUGACAAUUCUGUUUCUGCAGUUAGUAUUGAAGAUGGAGCCUUCCGGGAUAAUAUCUAUCUGAGACUUCUUUUUCUCUCUCGAAAUCACCUUAGUACCAUUCCCUGGGGCUUGCCUAAAACAAUAGAAGAGCUGCGCUUGGAUGAUAAUCGUAUUUCCACAAUUUCGGAGCUGUCCCUUCAAGACCUUACAAAUCUAAAACGUCUCGUUUUAGAUGGGAAUCUCUUAAACAAUCAUGGAUUAGGAGAGAAAGUGUUUGUGAACCUCGUCAAUCUAACAGAACUCUCCUUGGUUCGGAAUUCCCUCGUAGCUGCACCAACAAAUUUGCCAGGCACAAGUCUGAGAAAGCUUUACCUGCAAGAAAACCAUAUAAAUCGUGUACCACCUAAUGCGUUUGCGUACCUGCGGCAAUUGUAUCGACUAGAUAUGUCCAAUAACAAUCUAAGUAAUUUACCUCAGGGUGUCUUUGAUGACCUGGACAAUAUAACCCAGCUGUUUCUUCGCAACAACCCCUGGCACUGCGGGUGCAAGAUGAAAUGGGUUCGUGACUGGUUGCAGACACUGCCUGUCAGAGUUAAUGUGCGGGGACUGAUGUGUCAAGCGCCAGAAAAAGUGCGCGGGAUGGCUAUCAAGGACCUCAACCCAGAGCUGUUUGACUGCAAAGAUGAGGAUAUUGUAAGCACUAUCCAAAUAACUGCUUCAAUACCAAACACUUUAUACCCCCUUUCGGGACACUGGCCGGCUUCUGUGACCAAACCCCCUGACAUAAAGAACCCCGGCCUACACAGAAACUACAGAACAACAGUCACUCCAGUGCAGGAAAUCAUUACCAUUGUUGUAAAGUCUGUCAGCACUGAAACUAUACAUAUUUCUUGGAGAGUUGCACUACCCAUGACUGCUUUAAGACUCAGCUGGCUCAAAAUGGGUCACAGCCCUGCCUUUGGAUCUAUAACUGAAACAAUCGUUACAGGAGACCGGAAUGACUAUCUGCUGACAGCCCUUGAGCCUGAUUCGCCGUACCGCGUAUGCCUGGUUCCCAUGGAAACCAGUAACAUCUACCUGUUUGAUGAAACACCGGUUUGUAUAGAGACGGAAACGGCACCCCUUAAAAUGUACAACCCCACAACCACCCUAAAUCACGAGCAAGAGAAAGAACCGUACAAAAACUCCAAUCUGCCCUUGGCGGCCAUCAUAGGGGGUGCCGUGGCGUUGGUAGCUAUAGCGCUGCUUGCUUUGGUCUGCUGGUACGUCCACCGGAACGGGUCCUUGUUCUCAAGAAACUGUGCGUACAGCAAAGGCCGGAGAAGAAAAGAUGAUUACGCCGAAGCCGGGACUAAGAAGGACAACUCCAUCUUAGAAAUCAGGGAGACUUCUUUUCAGAUGAUCUCUUUGAACAAUGAACAAGUGUCCAAGGAGGAGUUUGUAAUACAUACUAUAUUCCCACCUAAUGGAAUGAAUAUAUAUAAAAACAACCACAGUGAAAACAGCAGUAACAGAAGCUAUAGAGACAGUGGUAUACCGGAUUCAGACCACUCGCAUUCAUGAUACUAAAGAAAAGGAUUAGACUUCCGAAUGAUUUUUCUUUAAAAAAAAUAAAGGCAACUUUAAAGAUUGCCAGUCUACAGCAGAACAC